AUGGGUAAUAUCUUUCGAAAUACAGCAAUUAAAACUGAUGGUCAAAAUAUGAAUAAUGUACCUGAUAACGAUCCACCAGAUCCAACUCGAAUUCAAUUUCCAGCAUGUAUGGGUUCUGAACCAAUCAUACGUAUUCCACUUGAUCUAGAUAUGGAUCAAUCUUUAGACAAACGAUUAACAUUUAGAGUACGACAUGCAGCUACUGAUUUUCCAGCAACAGUAGAAGCACAUAAAGAUCAUACAAUUUCCAUACUUAAACGAUAUUUAAUUGAACAUAUGGGAAUGCCAUUUCCAAGUAAAGAUGGGAAAUGUAAAAUACUGAUGGUAUGGAAUAAACCUGAUUUACUACGUGAUGAACCCUCUGAAGAUCAAUCGGAGAUAAAUGAACGAUUUUUAGGUGGAAGUAUUGAUCAUUUACGAUUGACUGAAUAUGGUCUUGAAAAUGGAGAUUAUCUCAUGUUUACAGUUAUGUUUCCACAAAUAAUGAAAGCGUCAACUAGUUCAUUUCAGUCAAAUGGGAUAGCUAUGAAUUUAACUAUUUUAACGUCAAUAUAUGGAGAUGAUGCAACAGGACGUUUUCUCAUUUGGUGUAAACUCAGAUAUAUAUUGGCACAAAUAUGUGCGCUCACCACUUUUUAUAUGAUAUGUUUUUCUGCUGUUGAUCAGUUCUUUUCAACAAAUUAUCGUUUCAAUUUAAGACAAAUGUGCACAUUGAGAUUAGGUCGAUAUUUUGCGUUUAUGUUCAUUUGUUUUGCGAUCAUUCAUAGCAUUGCACUUGGCUCGUCUUAUGCUAUUCAACCAACAUUAGGAUGUAUCAUAUCAGAUCAUACAUGGGUUCAAUAUUCAACGUAUUUCUUUUAUCCAAUUUUACUUGUUUUUCUACCUAUUUCAAUUGCAUCAAUAUUUAGUAUCUUAGCUUAUCAUAAUGUUCGUCAUAUAGUUCGACGACAAUUACCAAUUGUUCGUCGCAAGUUAGACAAACAAAUAACAGCGAUGGUUCUUAUGCGUGUAAUAGCUUUUGUUUGUUUGGCAUUACCUUUUAAUGUUUAUCGUAUAUAUGUCAUUAAUUUUCCUACGUCACCAAGGAUGCUUAUGUCAUAUGCAAUUAGUCGAUUAAUUCAAGCAAUUCUUCUGUCUAUUAACAAUAUAAAUUAUACGAUUAGCUUUUAUAUCUUUAUAACAUUCUCAUCACGUUUUGGUCGUCAAGUGAAACUUGUUCUAGUCAGAAAAUGCUGGCAACGAUGGAAAUAUUGGUGCUGUCGAAUAAAUAAUCGAAUUGAAUCUGACAGCAAUAACGAGUCACGCAAGUCACAAAUGGAAUCUGAAGAAAACAUCUAA